ACACUUUUUAUUAUUAUUGUAAGAGACAAAUAAGAGAGAGAUAAAAUGAGCUCUACUAGGAACGUACUGAAUAUCAUAAUAGUCACUUGUGUAUGUCUCAGUUGGGGUUGUACUGAUGGAGCUCAAAAACGAGAGAGUGGAGAGAUUGAUUCUCAUACUAUUCAACUCAGCUCUCUCUUCCCUUCAUCAUCAUCACCUUGUGUUCUUUCUAGCAGAGCGUCUAAUACAAAGUCCUCACUGCACGUGACGCACAGGCACGGCACGUGCUCGCCUUUGACCAGUGGCAAAGCCACCACGAGUCCACCAGACCAUGCCGAGAUCCUCAGACUCGACCAAGCGCGCGUAAACUCGAUCCACUCAAAACUAUCAAAGAAGCUCACGGACCGAGUCAGGCAAAGCAAGUCAACGGCUCUACCGGCUAAAGACGGGAGCACCUUCGGAACAGGAAACUACGUCGUGUCGGUCGGAAUCGGAACACCGAAACGCGAUUUGUCUUUGAUCUUCGACACGGGAAGCGAUCUGACGUGGAUUCAAUGCGAGCCGUGUGUUCAAACAUGCUAUUCCCAAAAGGAACCAAUCUUUAACCCGUCCUCGUCUUCCUCGUACUACAACGUCUCCUGCUCUUCGGCCGCGUGUAGUUCUCUCUCUUCUGCUACAGGUAACGCCGGAAGCUGCUCAGCUUCGACAUGCGUCUACGGUAUUCAAUACGGCGAUCAAUCCUUCUCCGUCGGAUUCCUCGCCAAGGAGAAGUUCACCCUCGCGAGCACCAACGUAUUCGACGGCGUUUACUUCGGCUGCGGCGAGAACAACCAAGGACUGUUCACCGGCGUCGCCGGACUUCUCGGACUAGGCCGCGACAAGCUCUCUUUCCCGUCGCAGACGGCGACGACCUACAACAAGAUCUUCUCCUACUGCCUCCCUUCCUCGGCCAGCUACACCGGACACCUCACCUUCGGAACCGCCGGGAUCUCCAGAUCCGUCAAGUUCACCCCGAUCUCCACGAUCACCGACGGCACAUCCUUCUACGGCCUCGACAUCGUCGGAAUCACCGUCGGCGGUGAGAAACUAGCGAUUCCUUCCACCGUGUUCUCUACUCCGGGAGCUCUGAUCGACUCCGGGACCGUCAUCACUCGUCUCCCGCCGAAAGCUUACGCGGCGCUGAAAACCGCGUUCAAGGCGAAGAUGAGUCAGUACCCGAGCGCGGAGGGGGUGUCGAUCUUGGACACGUGUUUCGAUCUCAGCGGGCUUAAGACGGUUACGAUACCGAAAGUGGCGUUCUCUUUCAGCGGUGGGGCCGUCGUGGAGCUUGGAUCGACGGGGGUUUUAUACGCGUUUAAGAUGUCGCAGGUAUGUUUGGCGUUUGCGGGGAAUAGCGAUGAUAAUAACGCUGCUAUCUUUGGAAACGUUCAGCAGCAAACGCUGGAAGUUGUGUAUGAUGGUGCGGGUGGGCGGGUUGGGUUUGCUCCAAAUGGGUGUAGUUGAAACUAAUAAAAGAGGUGGUUUAUAUUUUAUGGAUUUGGCAGUAAUUAGCUUUAUCCUUCUUAUUCAAGUGUGUAAUUGGGCCAAGAGAUUGAUGGGCCUGGAAAGUAAAGUGUACAGAAAUAAAUAUGUGUGGAUUAUACAACAGUUUACACCUUUUA